GCCAGCUCAGGUUCCGCUGUGGGGCGUGGCUAAAACUGGGGGCGUGGCGACGCGACGACUGUGCGCGUGCGCUGUGCGCUGUCGGCGUGCAGAGGCCUCAGGAUGGCUCGAUCCAUGGAACCGCUGACAAAGAAGAUCUUUAAGGGAGUUCUAGCAGUUGAACUUGUGGGUGUUUUUGGAGCUUAUUUUUUGUUUCAGAAGAUGAACUCAAGCCAAGAUUUCAGACAAACAAUGAACAAGAGAUUUCCCUUCAUUUUGGAAGUUUAUUACAAAUCCAUUGAACAGUCUGGACUGUAUGGAGUUAGAGAACAAGAUCAAGAAAAAUGGUUGAAUAGCAAAAAUUAA